CUGCCGUCACUGGUAUACUCGUGAUGAGUGUGUGGCGGGAGCAGCAGUUAUCUUGGCUACUUUGCGCGAGCCGUAAUGGAAAAGACUUUAGAAUUUUCUUUAGUCCUGCGUCAUGACACUCAUAUUGAUGGGCGGCGCUAAGGUGACAUGCAUAACUCAGACACAAGUGAAUGGUGGCGCUUGGUGUUACUACUACUACUACUACUACUACUACUACCUGUGGGUGGUGACAUGGGCGACAGUGUGGGCGUGCGUGAGGGGCGCCUCGUGGGCUAAGGAGGGGGAGUGCGCACCUUGCAACGCCACAGUGGACGCAGACAACCUAACCCUGCCCUUCGUCGGGUUUGUGUGUCUGGAGGAGGAGGCGCUGCUUCACCCGCCCUCCUCCUGCCUCGUGUUCUUCCGCGGUGACUUCAACCUGUCUCUUUACCUUCACCACGUGCCCUCCACUCUCGUGUCCGUCACGCUGUGCACCACCUUCCUGGACUACGACGCCUUAUUGCCGACAGAAGAGGGCCUGCCGGAGGAGCUGGAGAAGGUGGUGUGCCUGGACAUCGAGGGUUACAUUAAAUACAAGGGCAUGUAUUAUCCUGUGUACCUCAACAUCACCACCCUGCCCGCACAUCCCAACCACCCGCCCGGCCCCCACGCCCUCACCGCCCUCCACGCCGCGCCAGACCAGCAGUGGGCGAGCAGUGUCAACCUGACGUACGAGCUGCAGCGCCUCGGGGAGAGAGAGGAGGUAGUGGGUGGACUGGAGUUCGCCCACGCUGAAGGGUGUAGCUACAAUGGGGCGCCGGUGCUGCAGGAGGUGUCCCCGAGUUUAGAAGAACCUCCGCUGCAUCGUCACUUUACGAACAAUGAGCAAAAUGGGAUUGGAUUGAGUUAUAAUGUCACCUCUUCCUCAUUCAAAUAGUCCAGCUCAGGAGAAAAUAAAGUAAAUAAAAUAAAAGCAGAAUGGGAGUGUCACAGUAAUUUGUUGUUAAGGUCUGAUAACACUGUCACCCUGUUCUGUCUUCAAAUUUGACUUUAGAUUCG